AUGGAGCAAGAGAAUAAGGGAGGCCUGAAGAUUAAGCUUCGCCUUGGGGGCGAGCUCAUCCCACGGGAGGAGCCGCAGCCGCUCCAUGAAGAAAGCAAGGCAGAAGCGGUGCCACCCAAGGUGACAAUCAGGCUGAAGCGCCCCCUCGAGGAGGCGUCCACGCCAGCAUCGAAUCAGGAUCUUCCAUCAAGCUCCCCUGCCAUCGACAUCAAGCCGCCCAGAAAGCGCAGAAAGCCUCCAGCUAGCAAGCCCAGGGCGAAAUCGAAGGUGAGAGUCAGCGAUGAUGGUGAGGAUGACGAUGGGGAGUAUGUGGCCCAGGCCAUCCAUAUGGAAGAAGAAGAGGCCACGGGGGAGGAGAAGAAAGGCGAUGAAGGCGGUGAAUCAGCGGGCAAGGUUCGCCGAUCUUCGAGGAGGCGCACAACAACACAAAACAAGUACGUCAUCUACGACAAUCUCGACGAUGACGACUACUUCCACAAGAUCGAGAAGGAAGCCGAAGCGGGUCGGCUAGAUUUCGUGGCCACCAUCCUGGAGCACCACUUCGAAGACCCGGCUCCUAUCAUGGACGUGUACGCAACGGGCCAAGACAUGCCCUACGGCACGCUGUUCAAACAGCAAGGCUUCAGACGGCCGAUCUUGUUCAAGAACGUGAGCGGACUGCAAAUGAAGCUUCCGUCGAAGAGCUCGUUUGACAUUGAUUCAGUGGCGGCGCUAGUCGGCAAUCGCGAGCUUGAUGUCAUCGACGUCAUCGAUCAGUACUUCAAUCAGCCGCCCGAACAAAGAACACGCAUCCUCAACGUCAUCAGCCUGGAGUUCAGCGGCACCAAGCUCGCACAAAAAGUUCAAGCGCCCAAGUUCGUUCGUAAGGCCGACUGGGUGGACAAUGUGUGGCCCAAGGAGCUCAAAGAGCGCGCCCUCAAUCCGCCCGAGUUGGCGAACCCCACCGGCAAGCAACAGCUCGCACCCGCGGUCCAUCCGAUGGCAUCGGCGGCACCGAGCACGACCGAGAGCGCCACCCAAGCCGACGUGGCCGAACCCAAGGAGAGUCCCGGCCAGGAGAAGAACACACUGGAGCUGGCGCUCGCCGGACUGGAGCAGCUGGGCAAUGCCGCGGUGAAGCCCGAAACUAUCCCCGCACCCGCACCCGCACCCGCACCCGCACCCGCACCCGCACCCGCACCCGCACCCGCACCCGCACCCGCACCCGCACCCGCACCCGCACCCGCCCCUGCGCCGGCUUCGACUCCGGCCGCGGACACGAGGGCAUUCUACCCCAAGGUCCAGCACUAUUGCCUCAUGAGCGUCAAGGGCUCCUACACCGACUUCCACAUCGACUUUGGCGGCUCGUCUGUGUGGUAUCACGUGCUUUGGGGCAAGAAGGUGUUCUUCAUGAUCGCACCCACCCCGGAGAACCUCAAGCGAUACGAGAAGUGGGUGACUUCGCCGUCGCAGGGCACGGUUUUCCUGGCCAAUAAGGUUGACCACUGCUACAAGAUCGAGUUGAACCCAGGCAACACAAUGCUGAUUCCCACGGGAUGGAUUCACGCUGUAUAUACGCCCGAAGACUCGCUCGUGUUCGGCGGCAACUUCCUCCAUGGGUUCAACAUCCAGCUGCAGCUGCGGUGCUAUGAGAUCGAAGAACGGACCCGAACGGAGGGCAAGUUCCGUUUCCCUCUCUUCGAGAUGAUGCAGUGGUUUGCAGCGCAGUACUACCUCAAGAAGCUACAAGAGUUCGAACGAACUGGUCUCGUCACGCUGGUCGACAAGCUCGCCCUGUGGCUCGAUCACCCGUACGACGCUGAGCGACUCAAGCACCGGGCACAGGUGCCACCGGAGGUUGAACACCCGGACAACUUGCUGAAGGAGCUCAGGGCCCAGCUUGAGGCCAGGAGGCCUCAAUGCGAGAGGGAGGAGCACAGGCCCAUCAAAAUCGUCAUCAAGAAGAGCGCACUCUCGCCCGACAUCCUUUCCUCCACCUCCGCCGCGUCCACCUCUACCACAACGACAACCACCACCGCCGCCACCGCAUCUCCACUCUCCUCCUCGCCGGCGGCCUCUGGCGACCAGCCUCUGAAGAUCAAAAUCUCGCACGCGGCAGCGGUCGCCGCAGCGACGUCGCCACCGCUCUUCGACGCCUCACAGGAGCAGCAGUCGCUCCCACCAGAGAGCGGCGGCAACAACUACGACCACGACCACGACUAUGACUACAAGCCAUCACAGAACAAGAGAGCGAGGAGGGCCGCCGGCCUGUCCGACGACGAUGAGCACUUUGAGGAGGACGACGACGACGACGAGGCGGGAUCCGACGGCGACGGGUUGUUCUCCCUCACUGGUGGCACCAAGGCCGCCAAGCCGGCCAAGGUCGCCAAGCAGCCCAAGAAGACGAAAACGCCCAACAACAAAGCCACCAAGGCCAGCAAAGCGGCCACCGCCAAGGCUACCAAGCCCGCCAAGCCCAAGAAGGAGCCCAAGGCGGUGGCAGCUGCGGUGGCGGCUCCGGCUCCGGCCACGUCGGCCCAGGAGGCAGCGCGACGAGCGUCCUUGUCGCUGUCUGGCGUGACGGCGAUCAAGAAGACCGCCGCGACGACUAACGUGCGCGCACGGCUCUCCAAGAAGCUGGCCCGCGGCGGCAAACGCAAGUAG